AUGGCGGCACCAGCAACCCUUCCAGCACUGCUGGAUGCUCUUACCAAGUCGAUAUCAACCACUCUUGAAGCUGCACCAAAACUCACAAACUUCGAACUACCAAAAGACGGCAUCUCCCUCCUCGACGUGAAGAACGAGCUGCUCCUCUCCUACCUCCAGAAUCUCGUUUUCUUAAUUCUUCUGAAGCUGCGCCAGGCGAGAAAUGGUGGAACCAAAGACCAGGAAGAGGAACAGAACCUCGAUGACCUCGUAGUCAACAAACUCGUCGAACUUCGACUCUACCUCGAGAAGGGCGCCCGGCCACUCGAGGACAAGCUGAGAUACCAGAUUGACAAGGUGCUCCGAGCUGCCGAUGACGCGGAACGGAGUACAAGGGCGGCAGAGGAGGCAGCGGCUGCCAAUGUCGAGUCCGAGUCGGAAGCUGGCAGCGACAAUGAAGGAGAGGACGAGGUCAAUGAACUCCACGCUCGGGCUUCUGCUGCUUACCAGGCCCGCGCCAACCUCUCCGCAAUCACUCGCCCGGCUGGUGCGAAAUACGCGAGCAAGGAGGGAGACAAGUCCGGAGUGUACCGCCCACCCAAGAUUUCAGCAACCUCGAUGCCCACGUUCGACAGGCGCGAGAAAAAGGAGAAGCCUAUGAAGUCGGCCACCCUCGACGAGUUCAUUCAAGACGAAAUGUCAUCUAUCCCUAUGGCCCAACCCAGUAUUGGUACCACGAUUAUGCAAGGUGGUCGCAAGAUCAAGACUGCUUCUGAGCGUGCCAAGGAGGAUGAGAGACGCGAGUACGAAGAACGGAACUUUGUCCGUCUGCCCAAGGAGAGCAAGAAGGACCGCAAGAAGAGGGGUUUGACCGAGGGCCGCCGGAUGAACUAUGGUGGUGAGGAAUGGAGAGGGUUGAGCGAAGGGCUGGACAGAAUCAGCCAGUUGACGCGCGGCAAGAGCUCCGGUGGUGGCACCAAGGCGCUAUUGGAAAAGAGCCGAAAGAGAGGCAUCGAUACCGUCGAUGGCCCGCGUGGCGGCGGCGGUGGUGGUGCUGACAUGGGUGAAAGAUACCAAAAGAAGUUGAAGAUGUUGGAAAAGGGCCGCGGAAGAAACAGGAAGUGA